AUGCUUCAAAGAGGUUUCUUGUUGCGACCCAUCUCAUCAUCUUUACAAGUACAGCGUUCCAUCAAGAAAAUGUUGGGAUUAUCGGAUCAAGCUGUUCGGCAAUUCAGCACUCAUCAAAAUGGGUUCCAACUCUCUGCUGUUCCCUCCUCUUUACAAGAUGUUAUUUUUGAAUUACCAAAUGAAAAGCAUCCAAAUGUCGCCGUACUCUCAUUCAAUAGACAACAACAACGAAAUGCCUUGGGCGUAAAUAUGGUAAAUGAAUUGUUGUCUUGUUUGGAAUUUGUAAAAUUCAAUCAUACGGAGCAUCAAAUUCGUUGUUUGAUUAUUAACAGUGCUGUGAAGGGAACAUUUUGUGCAGGUGCAGAUUUGAAAGAGAGAUCACAAAUGACUCAACAACAAACAAGUCAAUUUGUGACCAAGCUUCGUAAUUUGAUGAAUGAUGUGGAAAAUUUACCAAUUCCAACAAUUGCAGCUAUCAAUGGAUACUGCUUGGGAGGAGGAAUGGAGCUGUCACUUGCAUGCGAUUUCAGAGUUGGUGUUCUGAAUAAGCAAGCAGAAAAUUUAUUGCCCUAUUAUGGAUUGGUUGAAACAUCUCUUGCCAUCAUUCCAGGAGCUGGAGGUACUGUUAGACUUCCAAGAUUAAUUGGUGUAAGCAAAGCUAAAGAAUUGAUUUACACUGCUAAAAAGAUUAACGUGAAAGAAGCUUUUGAAAAAUACGGAAUUUUAAAUGAUGUUCUCGUGGUGGAUCAAACUACAAGCGCCAAUGAGGAUUCAUUAUUGAUUGAUUACAUUGUUGAACAAUAUGGUAAACCAAUCUCUCAAAAUGGACCUAUUGCUGUCAAGAUGGCCAAACAAGCUAUUCAGCAAGGAAUUCAAUUGGAUGUUGCCAAUGCCAUGAAGACGGAAGAAUUGUGUUAUGCCCAAGUGAUUCCAACCAAGGAUAGAAUUGAAGGAUUGACAGCCUUUAAGGAAAAGCGUAAACCAAAUUACAAGGGUGAAUAA